AUGGCCAUUGAGCCGGCCCGGUCUGCUCUUUCCACCUGGCUGGCCGGAUGUUGGCCGCAGUCAUUGAAGGAAGAAACACAGCCGCCAUGCUGUCGCCAAGGCAGAUUGGCCGCUUUCCCAGAAAACAGGCUACAACGAACCGGACAUCCUCAAAUCUCACUUGCCGUUCAAAACCCUGAAAAAGGUUCCAUGAUCGUAGCAGUGUUAAGAUGGGUUGACAAUUUCCUGAUAGAUGUUUGCGUCUUUCCCUUUCAUCGUCUGAGUCACUUGCUUCACUCGCACAAAGAUGAGCGGAACCGGAAACUCGGGCAAGGGAGGACAUCGGGCUUUGGGAAGGAAGAUGAUGGGCCACUCACUUCCAAUAUCAACCACACACAUAAACCAUGGGAAGAACAGGAUGGACGGAUCAAGACUCCCUGGCCGCAUGUGCAAUUGGUUCGCUCUUCAGCCGGAAGUGACAAGACCGCAAUCAGGGUCAUGGGCACGUCGUUCCGUCGCCUCCGAAAGAAAGGAUUGUACCCCGGGGAUCAUUUACAACCGGUACAUGAAGCCAUCAUCGACACGCAUGUGAGCAUCCAUUUGCGCUUGUCAACUUCCACAAAAACCUCCCCCUACCGACAAAUGACCGUCAUCCACGCCGGUUUGUCAGGCCUUGUUGGUCCAGCUGAUCAUGCAGCGAUCCUGUUUGUCCAACAAGCGACACAAGCGCGGUGCGCCUCCAAAGCUUCUUCGGGCGUUUCUAGUGUAGGCUUUACCCAGGCAUCCAUGUCAGCCCGAGGCUUCCACUUUGGAAAACAUCCAGAAGCGGUGCCGCCGAUGAUGGUGUGUAACGAGCGGGGUAGAAUAGUUGCUUCCAACACCGUGUUGGGAGAUUAG